UCCCUUAAACUGUUCUCUAAUUAUGCUUCUUGUGUUUUAUUGAGUUUAUUGUGAUUUUGUAUUUUAACAGUAGGCUCUAGAAUAGUAUAUAUUUGAAGCUUUUUUAAGUCUCCCAGCAGACUAACCGUAAUUAUGGUUGGACCCGAAGACAGAAAAUCGCCACCAGAAUUCUGCCUGUGUUUGUAUAAAAAGAAGACUGUGGUCAUCCCUCACACAAGAAGCAAUGGAUGGAGAAGAAAAAAUCUAUGGUGGCUGUGAGGGCCCAGAUGCUAUGUACGUAAAACUCAUCUCUUCAGACGGACACGAAUUCAUCGUCAAGCGGGAGCACGCCCUCACCUCUGGCACGAUCAAAGCCAUGCUGAGUGGGCCAGGUCAGUUUGCGGAAAAUGAAACCAACGAAGUCAACUUCAGGGAGAUUCCUUCUCAUGUUCUCUCCAAAGUGUGCAUGUACUUCACCUACAAGGUCCGAUACACCAACAGCUCAACGGAAAUCCCGGAAUUCCCCAUCGCCCCUGAGAUCGCACUGGAGCUCCUCAUGGCUGCAAAUUUCUUGGAUUGUUAAGAGAAAAGAGCUGAUUUCUUUGCUUUUAUGUUCCUUGUUUUACUAAUUUAUUCACCGAAUACAUCAGGAUGUUUCACCCAUUUUAGAAUGAGUUACAUACUUUAAAUACUUUACAGUGUCAUGUUGUGUAAAAUAAUGACUUCUGCCAUUUGACCAGCUUUUUACUUCGGUUAAAAUGAUGCAUAAUCUAAAGGUUAUGAACAUCUGUUAAUGCAGACAUUAAUUUUGUCUUGUAUAUAAAUAUGCAUUAUCUAAUUAAACAUGGAGGCAUGUGUCAUAGUGUAUAUAUACAUCGGUUGAAAGAGACUGCAUUUUUGCCUUUUCUGUGGUUUCAUAGGGCUUCAGCUUGCAGGUAUGCUUUCUGUUACCCCAUAGGAAAUGGCUGAUGCAGAUGUCCAUUAAAGUAUUAGUAACUCCUGUACCCUC